CGUUGAUUGUGCUUCAGUGAAAUUAGCAGCAUUUUCUUCUGGUCUUUCGCUUCCAUAAUGAGUGUAUUGCAGCGAAUAUUUGGAGGUAAGAAUAAAGAAAAUAUUCCAACAACUGAAGAUGCAAUCCAAAAACUGAGACAGACCGAGGAAAUGUUGGAAAAAAAGCAAGAAUUCUUGGAGAAAAAAAUCGACAUGGAGAAUUCAACAGCGAAGAAGCACGCCAAAACGAACAAGAGAAUUGCACUGCAAGCCUUGAAAAGGCGAAAGCGCUAUGAAAAACAGCUCAAUCAGAUCGAUGGAACUUUAUCGACCAUAGAGUUUCAACGUGAAGCCUUGGAAAACGCUAACACGAACACCGAAGUUUUGAAGAAUAUGAAUUAUGCUGCCAAAACACUGAAGAGCAUUCAUCAAGUUCUCGAUGUGGAGGACGUUCACGACAUUAUGGACGAUAUUCAGGAACAGACAGAAAUUUCUAAAGAGAUUUCGGAGGCAAUCUGUGGUGUUGGUAUGAAUCAAGACUUCGAUGAUGAAGAACUCGAAGCCGAGCUGGAAGCCAUAGAACAAGAAAAUCUCAACAAGGAACUUAUUGGAAUGGAACGUCCCAACGCAGCAUUACCGAACGUUCCAUCAGCAGAUCCGUCAUCAAAAGACAAAACUAUGCGUGAUGAUGAUGACCUGAAAGAUCUCGAGGCCUGGGCUAUGUAAAAACUGAAAAUUAAGAGAACUUUUUGGAACACAUUAUAUAUUAAUUGUAAUGUUUCAUAAGUUGGCUUCCUAUGCGAAAAUGGAGUUUGUGCAGUAUCAGCUAAGAGUAUACCUUAACUGCAAAACAAUGAACGUCUUUAAACGUGUUUACGACCGUUCUAGCUUUAAAUUUAUAUGCACUAAGGAAAAAAUAAGCGUUAAAUUUAUUUUGAAAGAUUAUUACGAUACAGUGCAAGGGUUGUUUGCUAAAGGAAAAAAAUAAAAUUGUAAUAUAUGAA